UGGCGCACUGUUCUACAAGUCCGUUGACAUUUUAAAAAUACAGGAGCUGAAAAUAUUGCUUUAAAUUUAUUUAAGAUACCGCAAACAAAAAACAACUGCAACAUGUCCAGUUACAGCGGUGUCAGUCAAGUUUCAAACAUAUCAGGAAUAUCGCUGAUGUCUCAUUCAACAAGCACCCGCUGUCCAAUAGAUUGGUCAAUGGAAUCCUCGGGGCAAAAGAAUCGAACCAUGCGAUUUCCUGUAGGAUGUACUAACACUAAGAAACGCACUAUUCAGUUGGAGGAAAUAAACAGAGCAUUUGCAAAGUGCAAGGGUCUACUUUCUGAUUAUGCAAUUAGGAAACUGAUGUAUGAAAGUGUUAUAGAAACAUCGUUCAAUAGGGAUGAAAAAUUGCCACAAAGUACAGCAAAAAAAUUGAAACAGUUAAUCGCAGUCCAUGAAGUUGAAAAGUACCUGCACCUACCCAACAAUUCGAAUGAUAUAAAUGAAAAGAUCACUUUGUUGGGAAUCACAAACUUAUCCAAAAUUCAUUUAAGCUAUGAAGAAAAACUAAGCAUCAAAAAAUCAGUUAGUUGUAAUCUACGCAAGAAGGCUCAGGCAUUUUUGUCAAGGUUCACAGUGUUGGGCGGAAAUUUAGAGGAAUUCAAGAAGACAGACGAAUUGAACAGGCAUAAAAAAAUAUCCGAAGUUUUUGAAAUGGAUCAGUUACAAUGGAAGCAAAAAAUCGAACAAGAAUGCGAUAUGUACGAGAAAGACAUCUUAGAAUAUAAAAAGUUUUUCAGUGAAUGGAUAAAUUUGAAAUAUAGUGAUAUGAAUGACGCACAACUCAAGAAUGCAUCAAAUUUACUGGCUAAAGCACAAGUACUCGAAGUACAGGGAAAAAUUACUAAAUUGAACUGUAUUUUGAAAAUGUUUCACGAGACACCAAUGACACUAGAAGCGUAUCAAUUAUUGGGUUCCAGUUUAGACAGCGAGAUUUCCGAUGUAGAAGAUCAAAUACAGAAAAAAGAAACAAUAAAAAAAUUAUACCAAGAUCUCAGUGGUACUGAAUAUGACCAAGUUGCUCGAAGAUAUUCAGAAUUGUGCAAAGUCAUUGAAAAAAAAAAGCGUAUGAUUGAGGACUUCUGAAUUGAAUAACUUUUGCUACUACGUAUCUUGAAAGAUAGUGGUUAAUCGUUUUCAGUUUACAAUUUUCCAUGUAAAAUACUUUUAUGUUGUUAGUUUUAAUUAACUGUUUAAAAUAAAUUGUGAUCGACAA